CACAGCUUGGCGCGGGCGGUGGCGCGGGCGGUUAAGCGGCAGGCACAGCAAGGAACACCAGAUAAAGAAGAAAUUCACCUUUUUGCGUUAAUCGUAGAAAAAGAUCAUAGCAAUUCUCAAGAAUGCAAAAAAAAAUUGGAAAAAUACUGCAAAGAAUUAAUCAGCGCAAACUUAAGCGUGGUACACGUACAUAAAAAGUUAAAAGAUUUAUGUGUUAAAGAAAAACAAGAGGAAAAGUGCCAAAAACUGACAAACGAAAUCACUAAAAUUUGUAAUGAUCUUCCAACAAAAAUCCAAGCAGCAUAUCAAAAUCCAUUAAGUAGCAAUUGUAUAGAAUAUGAACAACAAUGCUUGUUUUUGGAAAGAGCAUGCUCUAAUGAUAUUACAGAGAAUUGUAAUAAAUUAAGGAAUGUAUGUUAUCAGAAAAAACGUGAUGAUGUUGCACUAGAAAUUCUUUUAAGAGCACUAAAAGAGGGAAACUUAAAAGAACAAAACAAGUGUAAAGAAGAUAUUGCUAAAAAAUGCCCAGAAUUAAGUAAAGAGAGUGAUGAGUUAAUGUUAAAGUGUUUAUCAGUGGAUGAGACAUGUACAAACCUCAUAAAAUUAAUUGAAACAAGGUGUAAAAGUCUAAAAACAGAUAUUACUACAGCGUUUAAAAGUCAAGAUAAGUUGAAAGAAAAAUGCCCAUUAUUACUUGAGCAAUGCCACUUCUAUAAGACGAAUUGUGGUACGGAUAAACCAGAUUGUGAUAAACUCAUAAAUAGUUGUAAAAAGAAAGAAGUUACCUAUAUAGCACCAGGUUCAAGCUUUAAUCCUAUAGAACCUGAAACUACAUUGGUAGAGCAAAUAGGCCUAAAAGAACUUUAUGAAGAAGCUAAAAAAGAAGGUGUUUUUAUUGGAAAACCAUCAGCAACAGAUGCUACUGCUCUAUUAGCGUUUUUGAUUCAAGAUAAAACACUUUCUGCUAGUGAAAAUAAAGGUAAAUGUGAAGAGAUACUAAAAAAGAGGUGCGAAAAAUUUAAAAACCAUAUAGUUUUAAAAGAUUUAUGUAAUGAUAAAAAUCCAAGUGAAGAAGGAAAAAAAAAGUGUAAUAACUUAGACCAAGAACUUGCAGAAUAUAUUAAAACUAUUUCUAUAAAGAUAAACAAACAUCUACUUGGAAGUGAUCCAAAAAAAUUCAUCAAGUGGCACGAGUUAAUAACCUUUCUUACUGAAAGAGACUGUACAUGGCUAUUAUCGGACUGUUUUUAUUUACAAGAUCAAACUCCAGUUGAUAAAGAAUGCAAAAACCUUAGAGCAGCAUGUUAUAAAAAAGGACGCAAUGCACUAGCAAAUCAAGCAUUACAAGAUAUGUUGCGAGGAAAGUUGCAUGAAUCGAAUGGGACAUGGUUUGGAACACUUUUAAAGGAGCUGGUAAAUGCAUGUGUAAAUCUAAAAGAAAAAAACGAUGAAUUAUUUACAUUAUGUGUGCUGCCGAGAGAAACAGCCUUUACACUUUUAGCAGAUUUGCAAAUAAAAGUAGAGAUAUUACAAGGGUACUUAAAUGAGAAGCGUGAUUUUCCAAAGAAAGAAGAUUGUAAGGAAUUAUUAAAAAAAUGCGAAGAUCUAGGACACGAUUCAAAAGAAAUUGAGUGGCCAUGUCAUACGUUAAAAUAUCAUUGCGAUCGUUUGAAAAAUAUAGAAAAGUUAGAAGAGAAAUUGUUAGCAGAAAAGACAAAAAGUUUGGAUAAUUUUGAUUCAUGUGUAGAAAAAAUUGGUCAGCAAUGUUAUGAAUGGAAUAGAAGAGGGAAAACAAAAUUUAUUCUUGCAUGUGUAACACAAAAUACUACUUGCAAGAUUCUUACAAAAAAUAUAGAGUCUAAGUGUACUAUAUUGGAAAAACGUAUAAAAGCAAGUAAUGUUGUGGAUCAAGCAAAGAAUAAUGAAAAGGAAUCUAUCUGCGAUUCUUGGCAACCCUAUUGCAGCAAAUUUAUGUCGAGUUGCAAGAAUUUAAUAAAUAAUGGUAAUGGAGAGUGUGAAAAGCUUAAUGAGGAGUGUAAAUCAUUUAUUGAAAGGAAAGAUUUGGAGGAAAAAGUAGUCUAUGAAUUAAAGGGUAGUUUGAAAACGAAGAAAGAAUGUAAAAAAACACUUAACAUAUAUUGUACACAAUGGACAAAUGCAACCAACCAGCUUAAAACUCUAUGUACUGAUACUACUAAUGUCAAAAACGACACUGAAGUUAGAGAAAAGCUUUGCGAAAAAUUAGUAGAACGAGUGAAAAGUCAAUGCCCUGAAUUACAGAAAAAACUUGCAGAGGCCAAUAAAGAGCUGGAGAAGAAAGCCAGCAAAUAUGAGAAUAUCAAAAAAGAAGCAGAAGAUGCAAUGAAAAAAGCAAGUCUUGUUUUAUCAAAAGCAAAAGCAGAAAACAAUAAAUCAGAAAACGAAGUUGUGCCUAGUGUACCAGCCGCACCUAGUGGAAAAGACACGAAGCCGUUUAGACUUAUAAGAAGAGAUGCAACAGCGAAGGUAACAGAAGACGAAGCGAAAGCAUUUGAUUUGGUUGCACAAGCAUUUGGACUCUAUGUAGAGUUAAGGGAGGAGUGUCAAGAUUUACUAAAGGGAUGUGGAUUUAAAAAGGAAUGUAGUUGUGAAAAUCAAUGUGAGAAAAUAGAAAACACAUGUAAAAAAUUGAAACCAUUGGAAGUGAAACCCUAUAAAAUAGAGACAGUAACUAAAAACAUAACAACGACAACGACAACAACGACAACAAAGACAGAGGGAGAAGGAAAGACGGCAGAGUGCCAGUCUCUGCAGACAACAGACACGUGGGUCACAAAAACAUCAACACAUACUAGCACUUCUACGACUACGUCCACAGUCACAUCGAGGAUAACACUCACCUCGACAAGACGGUGUAAGCCUACGAAGUGCACGACAGGAGAGGGGGAUGAAGCAGGAGAGGUGAAGCCGAGUGAGGGGCUGAGGAUGAGUGGGUGGAGUGUGAUGAGGGGGGUGCUAGUGGUAAUGAUGAUUUCAUUCAUGAUUUAG